CUACCCUUCACCGACCUCUUCAAAAAAGAGUAAAAAAAAACCUUUAACCCCUAAUCUUCCCUCUCUUCUUCUUCCUUCACUUUUGCUAACCCUAGCCCGCAAAAAAACUCAACUGUAUUUAAAUUAUAGCCUCUAAUGGCGGAUACUACUGAUGAUAUAGAGAAGCUAUACGAGUAUGGUGAACGCCUCAACGAAGCUAAAGACAAGUCUCAACAUAGGCAGGAUUAUGAGGGCAUUAUUGCAGCAGCUAAUGGCAGUGUGAAGGCUAAGCAACUUGCUGCGCAGCUCAUCCCUAAGUUCUUCAAGUUUUUUCCUCAGUUAGAGGCGCAAGCUCUUGAUGAGCAUUUCAAUUUAAUUGAAGAUGAUCAGCUCGGGGUCCGUGUACAAGCGAUCCGUGGACUUCCGCUUUUCUGCAAAGAUACACCUGAGCAUUUGUCUAAAAUUGUUGACAUUCUUGGUCAGCUCCUCGUUGCAGGAGAAAAUGUAGAGCGUGAUGCUGUACACAAGGCUCUUAUGACCGUAUUACGUCAGGAUGUGAAGACUUCUCUAACUGCUUUGUUUAAGCGUAUUGGGAGCAUCGAGGAUCGGAGUGCUGAGGAUCUUAGCACUUGGGAAAGCAUUCGUGAAAAAGUUCUGUUAUUUCUUAGAGAUAAGGUGUUCCCUCUUAAGAUGGAGCUCCUAGUUCCACAGGAGCUGAUGGAGAGGCACAUAACUACUUUGGUGAAGCAGAAUUUGCAAGAUGUAACGGCUGAUGAAUUUAAAAUGUUCAUGGACUUUUUGAAAAGCCUGAGCUUAUUUGGCCAUAAAGCUCCUGCAGAGCGUAUUCAGGAGCUUGUUGAGAUUAUUGAAGGUCAGGCAGAUCUUGAUGCUCAAUUCGAUGUGUCGGAUGCUGAUCAUAUCAAGAGGUUCAUAUUAUGCCUUUCAAUGGCCUUUCCCUUCUUCAAGAGGGGUGCAUCGGGCAGUAAGUUUCUCAACUAUCUGAACAAGCAAAUCAUGCCUGUUUUUGACAAGCUUCCAGAACAAUGGAAGUUGGACUUGCUCAAGAACCUUGCGGAGUGCUCACUUUAUGCAAUAACUCAGGAUUCUCGACAGCUGCUUCCAUCAGUAGUUCAGCUCCUAAAGAAAUAUAUGGUUCGAAGAAAGAUUGAAGAAAUUAACUACACGUGUAUCGAGUGUUUGUUGUAUACCUUCCACCAUUUAGCUCACAAGACUCCAAACGCGACAAACAGCCUCUGUGGGUACAAGAUUGUGACUGGACAACCGUCAGAUAGACUGGGAGAGGAUUUCUCGGAGCAAUAUAAGGACUUUACCGAGAGGUGCAUCUACUUGUUCUUUUAUUCCUUGAUGUUAUAACCCAAGCUGUAUAUG